CACAUUUUAUCGACAAAUACGCGGUCACACUGCGUGAUUUUUGGUGGGUGGAGGAGUGAAGUGUGUGUAUGUAUGUGUGCUCGUUCUUGUUCCUGUGCCUGUUCUAGUUUUGAUGAUAGUGAGCGCCGUUAGACAAGGCUAACUGUAAUUAGAUUCGAUCGCGUAAGGAGAGGCGCGUGCAUUGCCCGGCGCAGCCUGCACAAAGCCGCCAAUCCGCAACCCGUUUCCUGCCUACCUGUAUUGAGUAAGAGUGAUAUUUUUUUUGACACAGGCACCAUCCAGUGCCCACUGGCUUCAUGGACGAACCCAAUCCCAUGCCCAGCACCUCGGUACCUACCACCCCACGGGGCCGGGGACGCGGACGGCCGCCAAAGCGUGAACAGCCGGCACAGCCCCCCGAUACAGACCUGCAGAGUUUGCAAGAUGCAUCCGGUGUAGGUGGAUCGGUGGUGCGCCCCUGUUCGCCCAACACCAUCCGCCGCAGCUCCCGCAAGCGGUUCUGCAAAUUCGAUGUGCGCGACGUGCUCUGCCUGCGCAAGGAACACAAGAUCCAGAUCGAGGGACGCAUCGACUCCAAUGUGCCCGACACAGCAGCCGCAGCAGCCGCAGCAGCAGCAGCAACAGCAGCAACAGCAGCAGUAGUAGCUGUAGCACCACCUGCCACAGCCGCUGCUGCAGCCACGCUCCCUCCAUCUGCCAAUCGGCUGUUUUCGAUGUUCCCGAGCACACGUCCACCGCCCAAACUGCCGCCGCCGCCACCUGUCCUGGGGAUCUUCGUCAAGCCGCGGAGCACACCCAGCCUGAUUGUGGCCCAGCUAAACAGUGAACCGUCGUCCAGCUGUAAUCCAUCGACAGCCUCCACUGCCACAGUGACUGCAGCAUCCGCAUCAGCACCAGCCGCCCGCAGGGGACGGGGGCGCCCCAGGGCUAAGAAUAAACUGGAGAAGGCAAUCAGCCAAAGCCAAAGCUUAAGCUUCUCCGAUUCGGAUUCGACAGGUGCCUCCUCGGGGAGCACUGGAAGCAGGGGUGGCAGCACGGACAGCAACGAGACAACGGCUUCCAGGCGAAAGUGCAGGGUGACCCUAAAGCGAUUGAACUUUGUGCAGCGCCAGGGAUCGUGGGACUCGGGGGACUCAUCGACCGUUCUGGGCGACACUGUUGUGGACGUGAGCAGCUCCUCGUCCUCCGCGCCCUCCUCUCCCGUUCUGCAGGACGACAACGCUUUCGAUGAGCAGCCAAAGAGGGAACCGAUGACCAUGUCCGUGUCCAUGCCCACAGCCGACGACGACGACGACGACGACUCCUCGGACUCUCAGAUAAUCUUCACGGAGAUCGACACGGGCAAGGAAGUGCCGGCCCGAAUGAAGGAGGAGAAUCAGGAGGAGCCAAAGCUAAAGCUGGAGCUAAAGGUAGAGCCACAGAUUGAGACAGAGAUUGAGCAACAGGAAGAGCAGGAGCCUGAACAGGAGCACGAUCAUGAAGUGCGUAAUUUAAUGAUGGAGAUCACUAAUGGGUCGCGCAACCUCUGGUUCUUUGACGACGAGGAGGCAGACGAGGCGGAGACCUCUCCGGCCUCUCUGAUGGCGAUGCGUCGCAGCAAGCGAACUGCCAAAACGGAGGCAGACUGCAGCAGCAGCAGCAGCCACGUGGGCAAGACCCUCGAGGAGACAUUCGCCGAGAUAGCAGCCGCAAGCAGCGAGCAGAUCUUCCUCAAAGCAGAGUCGGACGAGGGCGAAGAGGAGGAGCACACGCUGAUUGACUUGAUAGAGGAGAGCCAAGAGGAGCAGGGAAUCCAGGGGGAGUACGAGAUGGUCAUUGAGGAGGAGAUGAAGGACGAAGUGCAAGUGAAAGUCAUUGAGCUGGAUGGGCUGGUCUUUACGGCGACGGAGUCCGAGUCGGAAGCCACUGCAGUAGAGGCUACCCUCAUUUCGGAGCAUCAGGACGAUGCGGUCGCCACUGAAGUCACAUUGAAAGAGUCCCCGGAGAAAAGCCCUAGAACCAGCACUAUCGGCAGCACCAGCGCCAGCACCAGAGUCCUGCCAAAGGAGGAACCGCAGGCGAUCAUCCUUUUUGAAGUUGAGGCCGCGAAAGAGGAUGCCACCACAGAGCAGUCCAACGUGAAUGUGGAUGUGCCACCAGAUCCACAAGAACCAGAUAUACUCGAGGAUGUGGUUGUCCCUAACCCAAUCCCAAUCCCAAUGAAGGCCAUGCCAGAGCCACAGCCAGAGAUCUCAUUACAAAUCGAAUCAUCAAAGACACUGCCACAGUGGCCGCUGCAAGAGGAAAAGAAUAAGGAGAAGGAAGUUGGUCUGCCAGAGGAUACAAUUCUAAUAGAAAUCGCAAUGGAAUCCAUUUCAAAGCCAACACAUGCAGCCAAGAGCCCAGCCGUAGAGGAGCCCCCAGCAGAAGAGGCACUAAAAGAAAAUGAAAAGGUAUCCCCCAUCAAAGGGCCUGCCAAAGCAGAUCAGAGCGCAGGAAGUCCAAGCAGCAGCAGCAGACACUCCUUCCAUGCCAGUCUGAAUCCGAGUCCCACUGCCACUCCCAUUGCCAUUCCCAUUCCCGAGGGCACGCAAGCGUCGUCUGCCUCCGGCUUCGUCGGGUGCAAUGUCAUAUUCCAGGCCCUGGAUAUUGCCAAUGCCCAGCCGCUGCGCGAAGGUACGCACAAGAAGCUCAAGCUGGAGGCCAAGAAGGGGUCGCCCCCCAUUCCAUCGACUGGCGAAGAAUGCCUGGAGUCGACGAACAACUCCCACAACCUCUUGAACGAUAUGAAGCCCCUUGCGAACGGGCACAACAGGGGGAGUAACGCCAUUGGGCGACCCAGCUCCCGUAACGACGAUCUGAAGGGCGAAGAGGAGUACUCCUCCUGCUCCGAGCAGGCCAAGCAGUCCAAGGAGGAGACCCCUGAAUCGAGUGAAGGCAAGAAGGGGAGUGAGAGUGCUACAGCAAAGCCAAAGCGACGUCUCACCACCACUUCCGAGCUGCCACAUUCCGCUGCCGAUGAAGAGGGGAAACACAAAUCGAAACGAAAAUUCCGCUGCUCGGCAGUCGCAUCCUCCCCCUCUGCUUCACCCUCCGAUUCCAGGAAAGACGAGGCCAAGAGAGAGUCUCCUGGUGCUUCACCAAAGAAGGGAAAACCGAUGCCAUCGCGACGCUUCACUACCAUCGAUCGGCCGUCGUCGAAUGCAACUUCCAGCGGCGCCGCUUCCGGUGAAUUCUCUAAAUAUGAGACAAGGAAACCAUCACCUACGGCAUCCAAUGCAUCCGUGAAACGACGUCCCACUAUUUCCGAGGGCUCGCUGUCCUCCUCCGUCGAAUCGCUGGUCCAAAAAGACUCCAAGAAAGACGAGGGAAAGACAGAAUCUGGGGAGACGCUAUCUCCUGCCUCGAAGGCAUCCAUGAAGAGACGUCCCACUAUUGGCGGCAGGUCCUCUUCUGCCUCCUCCUCGGUGGAGUCUCUGACACGAAAGACGGCAGCACCAGGAGGGACGCUUUCUCCUGCGAAUCUCACCAAAAACAUACGCAAGUCGCGCUCCUCCGGGGAAUGGCUGGAACGAGCAGAUUCCAGGAAAGAUAAGAGCGGCGCCGUCAACAGAACAUCCCCCAGGCCACAGUCUCCGUCUCCUGCUCCGUCUCCUGCUCCGUCGCCCGCUCCGUCACCUGCUGCGUCUCCUGCUCCGGUUCCGAUGGGACCCAAACAGGAGUCGCAGGGGAGGGCUAUGCCAUUGCGACGCCUCACAACCAUCGAUCGUCCGUCGUCGAGUGCCAAUCCCAAAGGGGCACGCCCCUCCUUCGAGCAGCUGCUCGGCCAGGCCGACUCCUAUGUGAAUCCGCAGAAAAAGCGAUGCCCCACCACUUCUGAGUGCUCCUCGCCCGCCUCCGGCGAGUCGGUUGCCCGAACCAUACGAUCGCGACGCUUCACAACCAUCGAUCGCACAUCUUUAAAUCACGGCUCCCCCUCUGACUCCAGGGAGACGCAAUCGAAGCCAUCCUCCCCCCGAGAGCAGUCCCCAUCGGACGGGGAUGGGUCACGAGGCAAACUGGCAAAGAAGAUCGACAUAAGCCGCCUCCCCCUGAUGGAACCUAGGACGAAUCCCAGUGCAGCAGCCGUCGGAGCCAUCACUCCGGAGCUGAUAGAGGCAUGUUUCAAAGAUUUCGCUUCGGGGUCAGGCGAUGCUGGUGCUCCAGCAGAGAAACUUCCUCGAACAGAAGGGAAACUGCCACUGUCGCAGUCGCCUGCCGCCCACAAACAGGACACAGAACAGAAGACACCCUCACACUCGCACUCCCAGGAUACUCGGGACGCCAGCAGGAGCAUCAGCAGCAGUAGCAGCACUUCCUCCUCGAAGCCAGCCUCCAGGACGUCGUCUCCUGCGCAUGAGCCAAAGAUAAAGAAGAUCAAUGCCAGGCGCAAGAUCAUGCAGGAGCCGAGAAUCGCAACACCGGAGCUGCAAUCCUCAAACGCAAAGAAGGGCUCCCCCAGGACAGGAUCGCCGGAACUUUUGCUGGAAAAUUAUUCCAUGAAUACCGAGAAAAAUACCGAUGGUAUGGCACGUGGCAGAAACGACUCUCCAGCACAAAAAGCUGAAAAAGCAGAAAAGGUACCCAUCCCAAAAAGAGGUACCCCCCAAUCGAAGCAGGGAUCGGGAUUGGGAUCCCCGAUGUUGUUGGAUCAGCAUCACCGGAUGAUAACCAUUUGUGCAGAGCCUGUGCCUGUGCCUGUGCUCGUGCCUGUGCCUGUCCUGGCUGCUGGUGUUGCGGCUGCUUCCCCCUUGAGAAAUGCCGAUCCACGAGUCAGGAAUGCCUCUCCCGCGGACCCCAUACCCAUACCCAUACCCAUACCCACAGCCACACCCAUGUUCAUGCCUAUCCCCCGAGAUAGGGCGCUUCCCAAGAAAGCGGUGCCCUCGGUUACGACUCCUCCCUCAAAGCAGGCGGUCCCGACACCGAAGAAACCCAGGGCCCCGAAGGCGGGAGCCAAGAGGGCAGAAGAGUCGCCAGAACCCAGUAGCAGCAGGAAGCGUAGGCCAACGGCAACCACCAAGGCCACCGAUGAUGUUCAGGCUAUGCAGCAGGUGACCACUCUGGCCCUGCCCUUGCAGACACAAACGGAGGCCAUGGACUCAGAAUCCACGGAAUCAUCGGUUGGCAAGGGCAAACGCUGGGAUGUGCAGCCCCCGGCUUCAGCUGCAGCUACAGCUUCAACUGCAACGCCAAUUGAAGCGCUGCCUGCAUCCACAUAUGCUGCCCCGCCAUCAGCUCCUGCCGCUGAGGUGGAGCCGCCCGAUACGCUCAAGGACAUAGUGAAAUUUAUCGAGGAUGGGGUGAAUCUCCUGAAGCGGAACUACAAACACGAUGAGGACGAGGAUCAGCCAGAUGAACCCCCGAAGCUGCAGCAGGAGAUGCAGGACCCAAUGCCCAGCGUCAGCAGCAUGGAGACGCCUUCAGUCACACGCUCGCCCUCGCCCUCGCCCUCGCUCUUGCCCUUGCCAGUUGGCAGCGCCAGCGCCAGCCCCAGCGCCAGCGUCAACUCCAGGGCCAAUUCAACAGGAGAGAACUCCUCCCCUGUGCAGCUACAGCUGCUCCAGGGCUCCAAUGAAGAUGUGAGCGCUGGAGGCGUGCGACGCUCGCACCGUAUUAAACAGAAGCCGCAGGGGCCGAAGGCUAGCCAGGGCAGGGGCGUGGCCAGCAGUGCGCCCCCCAUCAGCAUGGAGGACCAGAUGGCGGAGCUGGCCAACACGGAGUCCCAAAACGAGCAGUUCCUGCGCAGCGAGGGCCUACUCACGUUCCAGCAGCUGCGCGAGAACUACUACCGAUGCGCGCGGCAGGUGAGCCAGGAGAACGCGGAAAUGCAGUGCGACUGCUUCCUCACGGGCGACGAGGAGGCCCAGGGGCAUCUGUGCUGCGGUGCGGGCUGCAUCAACCGGAUGCUGAUGAUCGAGUGCGGCCCGCUGUGCACCAACGGGGAUCGGUGCACGAACAAGCGCUUCCAGCUGCACCAGUGCUGGCCCUGCCGCGUCUUCCGCACCGAGAAGAAGGGCUGCGGCAUCACCGCGGAGCUGCAGAUACCCGCCGGGGAGUUCAUCAUGGAGUACGUGGGCGAGGUCAUCGACAGCGAGGAGUUCGAGCGACGCCAGCAUCGGUACUCAAAGGACCGCAACCGGCACUACUACUUCAUGGCGCUGCGGGGCGAGGCGAUCAUCGAUGCCACCAUGCGGGGCAACAUCUCGCGGUACAUCAACCACAGCUGCGACCCGAACGCGGAGACCCAGAAGUGGACCGUCAACGGAGAGCUGCGCAUCGGCUUCUUCAGCCUGAAGAACAUCCUGCCGGGCGAGGAGAUCACCUUCGACUACCAGUACCAGCGGUACGGCCGAGACGCCCAGCGCUGCUACUGCGAGGCGGCCAACUGCCGCGGCUGGAUCGGCACCGAACCAGAGUCGGACGAGGGCGAGCAAAAGAACGAGAACAACUCGGAGCCGGCACUGGCGACGGAGGACACGGACAGCGGAGGAGAGGCAGAGUCCGAGGCGGAGGGACCAGAGCAGAGCAAGAGCAAGGGCAGAGCAAAGACCACUAGCAGUUCCAAGUUCAAAGUGAAGCUGCCUGCUGUGGGCUCCAAGGAGCAGCGCAAGAAGCGGGAGACGGCGGCCAAAGCCAAGGAGCGGGAGCGCGAGUUCAAGGCCGGACGCUGGCUGAAGCCUACACCUGGCGGAAGCUCCUCUGCAGAGAAGAAGGCAAAGCCGAAGGUCAACAAAUUCCAUCCCAUGCUCGAGGAUCCAGACGUGCUGGAGCAGCUCUCGCUGCUCAGCCGCAGCGGCUUGAAGAACCAGCUGGACACGCUCCGCAUCUCGCGGAUCAUGGUGCGCGCCAAGCUCCUGACGACCCGCAUCCAGCUGCUGCAGGUGCUUACCCGCGGUGAGCUGCCCUGCCGCCGGCUCUUCCUGGACUAUCACGGCCUGCGGCUGCUGCACGCGUGGAUCAGCGAGAACGGGAACGAGCAGCAGUUGCGGACAGCGCUCCUGGAUGCCCUCGAGGCGCUGCCCAUACCGAACCGGACGAUGCUGAACGAGAGCCGCGUCUACCAGAGCGUUCAACAGUGGAGCGCGGGUCUGACCGGGCAGCAGUCGCAGCUGCGGAGUCCGGAGCAGUCGGCCCUGCGCAAGCGGAUGCAGGGACUGAUCAGCAAGUGGAGCAACCUACCGGAGAUCUUCCGCAUCCCGAAGCGGGAGCGCAUCGAGCAGAUGAAGGAGCACGAGCGCGAGGCGGAUCGCACUGGUGAACGACCCACCGAGAAGCAUGUGGCCAGCCACCAUUUGACUGCCGCCUCCGCCCUGGAGGACUCGGCUCGCGACAGCAGCACCGACCGCUACCGUCAGGACCGCUUCCGCCGGGACACGAUCGGCAGUCGCAACAGCAGCCAGCAUCAGAAGCCGCCCAUGAGUCGCAUGAGCGGCAACAACACCAUCUGCACCAUCACCACACAGCCGAAGGGCAGCAAUCCCUCGGAAGGACAGCCCCGCACGGAGAUGCGACGUCGCCCAGACAACAGUGGACCCACAGUGGAGCCUCGUCGUGGCGGUGCCCCGUUGUCCAAGGAACUGCGACGAUCCCUAUUCGAGAGAAAGGUGGCCCAGGAUGAGGCCGAGAAGCGUGUAUGCAGCGAGGACUGGCGCGAGCACGAGCUGCGCUGCGAAUACUUUGGGGCGGACAUCAAUACGGACCCCAAAAUGCUGCCCUUCUCCCACAACACGGAGACCGGCGAGUGGUUCAACUCGGAGGAUGCCCCCGUGAUGGCGCCCCUGCGCACAGACCUGGCCCUGGCUCCGUCGCCGGAGAUUAGCGAGCAGGACAUGAUGCCCGCGGAGUACAAGCUGCCGGCUAGCGUGGAUCCGUUGCCGCCCUCCUGGCACUGGAGCCGCACCAUGGACGGAGACAUCUUCUACUACAAUCUGCGCGAUCGCAUACCGCAGUGGCUGCCGCCCAGCCCCGAGCAGCGCCUCCAGACGCUGCUGGAAGAGGAGCCGCAGCAGCCGCUGCAAGAGCUCGAUCCGGCGCUGCUAGCCGAGGAGCUGAUAUCGGUGGACCCGGACUACGUGGGCUCGCUCUCAAGCAAGUCGCUGGCGCAGCAUAUCGAGACGAAGGUGCGGGAGCGCCGCGAGAUACGCCACAAGAAACUGUGCUCCGUGCGCGUAAUCAGCCCCCGUCGGGACGAGGACCGGCUCUACAACCAGCUGGAGUCACGCAAAUACAAAGAGAAUAAGGAGAAGAUACGCCGCCGCAAGGAGAUCUACCGUCGGCAGCGCGCCAGCGCGGACACCGUAGCCGUCAGCUCCGAAGCGAGCACAGAUGCGGAGGCCUGGUCCACUCCUCGGUAUCUGUACUCCUCGGACGAAGACACGGACACGGCCCAUGCUCCACCCUUGGAGGGCAUCAUCUAUGGCUUUAAUGGAUCGGCUGGGGCAUUGUUUGCCACCUCAAAGGUGGAUGAACUCGAGGCGGAGCUCGAUCUGGAGCCCAGCACCAGCGCCUAUGCCCUGGCGUGUCUGAACAAACCCCAGCAGAUCCCCACGCUGGUCACAGGCGGCAACGGGGGUGCCAUCAAGCGAAAGUUGCCACCGCUGCCACCGCACACGCCGGAAAAGCCGGCUGGAGCCUUGCCAGAGAGAAAGAGUCGCAGCCAUGACCGACGCGCGCCCAAGCGGAAAAUGUUACUGAAUAGCUCAAAAAGUGGAAGAGAUUCGGUUGUGAAAUUCCGCUUCGAAAUAAGCGGACAUGUGGCCGACUUUCUGCGUCCAUUCCGCAAAGAUAGCUGCCAGAUGGGUCGCAUCACCAGCGAUGCGGCCUACAAGUUCCUGAUUAAGCGGCUGACGGAGCAUAUCAUCACGAAGGAGAUGCGCUACUGCGAAAUGAGCGGACAUCCUUUGAUCUGCAACGAUUCGGUCAAGCACAAGUCGCACGAAUUCAUUAACCAGUACAUGCUGAAGAAGGGCCGCGUGUACGUCAUGCCCGCAGACGAGGCCCUCCUCUAAAAUGGCCCCAAAACACGCCCCAAAAACGCCAAAAACAAAUGUCUCCACUCUUCCUGAUCUGUUCGUUCCAUACGUUCGAUGAUUCAUUUAGCUGUAAGAAUAGAUUGUUUUUUAUUUCCGUAUAGCAAAUCUCUCUCCUACCCAUUAUCAAAAGGGUAAGGGCUCGUUCGUUCAUCUGAAUAGAAAAAGGAACGGGAACAGGAACAGGAAUCGACGAUGGAUGGCACGCGCACCCCUCGCGAAUCACAUACACAUACAAAUGAAGUACACAUUAUAAUAAUAGAAGAAUAUAAGAAUAGACGAAAACAAGUAUUGAUUUGAUUUCAAGUUACAAAACAAAAUGAAGUCUAGUCCGUAAGUAAAUGGCGAUAAAUGGAGUCCGGAGGCAAACGAAACGUUCAAUCUGUGAAGAUCUUUGUAAGAAAGAUGUAUCUAACAUAUACAUAUACAUAUACAUAUAUGCAUCCUAUAACCUAUGUCAAUCCAGAGGUUAAGUUCAGUUUAUCGUUAACGUAUCCCAUCCUUUGUAUAUCCAAGCGAAAGAAAGCUCAAGUUCAGUAAAGUCUCAGUAAGAAAAUCAUUGUA